AGGGUUGUCCCAAACAGCGACCUCAACACAGCGGAUUUAUAAAGUGGCAGUGAAGGAUUGGAAGCGCGCCGCGCAAAACACGAGUCGUCAGCGGCUGCAGAAGCGCCUGUGGGAUUUUGGUGCUUGACCCCGCGCCCGUGAGGCGUGUCUCGUGCGAGCCGCCCGCCGCCGCGCUCCCGCACCCUAAUCCGCCCUAAUCCGCGCAGUGCAUCGCGGACUCCGGCCCCGGCCGCCUGGAAACAUCAUGGCCUCUGGCGUCACAGUCAGCGAUGAAGUCAUCAAGGUUUUCAACGACAUGAAGGUGCGCAAGUCCUCGUCGUCGGAAGAUGUCAAAAAGCGCAAGAAGGCUGUGCUGUUCUGCCUCAGCGAUGACAAGAAGACCAUCAUCGUAGAGCAGGGCAAGCAGAUCCUGGUCGGCGACAUAGGGGAGACCGUGGACGACCCGUACGCCUCCUUCGUGAAGCUCCUGCCUCUCAACGACUGCCGCUACGGCCUGUACGACGCAACAUACGAGACGAAAGAGUCUAAGAAAGAAGACUUGGUAUUCGUGUUUUGGGCCCCUGAAAAUGCUCCUUUAAAAAGCAAGAUGAUCUAUGCCAGCUCCAAAGAUGCCAUCAAGAAGAAGUUUACAGGCAUCAAACAUGAAUGGCAGGUGAAUGGAUUGGAUGACAUUCAGGACCGAUCCACCCUUGCGGACAAGCUCGGCGGAAGUGUGGUUGUGUCCCUGGAGGGCAGACCUUUGUGACCUGAGAGAAGUGCCAUCAGGACUUCAGAACUCCCACCUUAUCAGCACUUUCUACACAUGCUUAUAUCCCAUUGGAAUAGUUUUUUUCUCCCUGCAUGAAGGACAUCUCAAAUUUAAUAAAAGCCUACCAGUGGUUGCCAGUCAAUGUGUCCCAGUCCUAGCAGAUGGCACAGCUGAAGUUCAGAGCGUUCUUCAAACCUAGGUGCCCUCCCGGAGCUAGAAGAACAACAGCCAAAAUGAAAGCACCACCCUCGAGAGGAACGACAGCCAGUCCAUGCGCACAAGUGGCAUUGCACGCAUUUGGUGCCACACGCUCACAGCUAUGGUUUUAUGUCAAUAGACUUGCUUAGCGCUGAACAAGUAUGCUAUCGGAAUGCCUCGAUAGUAAAGGCUACCAUUCAAUAUUUUGCCAAUAUCAAGUGUGAUCGAACUAGCCGGCCUUGGAUAGUUUUUGUCAGAGAAUACGUGUGGCAAUAUUACCUCUUUACUCUGGGUUUUUAACUAUGCAGAUCACAUUCUAAGCAAACAAAGCACUUUUUGUAUCUCUUGUUUAGAUCCUUCAGGUGUGUGAAAAAUAUAGAGAACUACAUGAAUUCC